GACGUCGCGGACAUGGCGGCCACAACCGGCCAGCCGGGGGACGUGUCGGGCUGCCCGGUAACUUCGAUCCGUGCGCGGGGAGAGGAGCGGCCGUCUGAUUAGUAUCUGCACUCACGAGGCAGCGCAGCGGCUCUUGGGGAGAGUGAGCGUCGCGACCAUGGCUUACCACUCGGGCUACGGAGCCCACGGUUCCAAGCACAGAGCCCGAACAGCUCCAGAUCCUCCUCCUCUCUUUGAUGACACAAGUGGUGGUUAUUCCAACCAGCUAGGGGGAUAUCCAGCCCCAAGAGCCGAUGUGGCAUUCAAUGUCAACCACUUGCUCGGGGAUCCAAUGGCUAACAUGGCUGUGGCUUACGGCAGUUCCAUUGCAUCCCAUGGGAAGGACAUGGUGCACAAGGAGCUGCACCGUUUUGUGUCUGUGAACAAACUCAAGUAUUUUUUCGCCGUGGACACAGCCUAUGUGGCCAAGAAGCUAGGGUUACUGGUCUUCCCUUACACACACCAGAACUGGGAAGUGCAGUACAGUCGAGACAUGCCUCUGCCUCCGCGGCAAGACCUCAAUGCCCCUGAUCUCUAUAUUCCUACAAUGGCCUUCAUCACCUAUGUACUGCUGGCUGGAAUGGCACUGGGCAUUCAGAAAAGGUUCUCACCCGAGGUGCUGGGCCUGUUUGCCAGCACAGCGCUGGUGUGGAUGGUCAUGGAGGUGCUGGCCUUGCUCCUGGGCCUCUACCUGGCCACUGUGCGCAGCGACCUGAGCACCUUCCACCUGCUGGCCUACAGUGGGUACAAAUAUGUGGGGAUGAUCCUCAGUGUGCUCACGGGGCUGCUGUUCGGCAGUGAUGGCUACUAUGUGGCCCUGGCCUGGACCUCCUCUGCGCUCAUGUACUUCAUCGUGCGCUCCUUGCGGACAGCAGCCCUGGGCUCUGAUGACAUGGGGGGCCCAGCCCCUCGGCAACGUCUCCAACUCUACCUGACACUGGGAGCCGCAGCCUUUCAGCCCCUCAUCAUAUACUGGCUGACUUUCCAAUUGGUCCGGUGACCCUUGGCCCCAGAUAGCACUGAUUUUUCUAUACAUUGAAGAUUUGGAUUUGGUUUCCUUGA